AAAAUAUAGAUUCGAACGAUAGUCAGGUUCGUCCCACUACGUCAGGCUCCUAGCCGGCGUUAUCGGAUUCCGCGGAUCGAGCGAACACGAGACUAGAAGGAACCUCGAGAUCGUUGCUGAUACAUCAUGUUCCCAGAAAUAGCGCUAGCGACUUUCCGGAAACUUUGAGGCGACCGUUAAAGAGGCAGCAACAACGCAUUCUCGACGAUUGGCUGGAGCCAAGCUGGGGCGCGGUUGCGACCGACCACGCAACCGCUAUAUCAUCCCAUUCAAAUAUUACCGCGACACCGCGUUGCCCGGUAGCAGUGUAUGAAAUCGACAACGAGGUUCGGGCUUGCAGUUUCCACGAGAUCCUUUUCAAUUUCGUUCGCACAACCUCUUCGGACGCAACCGUUGCGCGUCUACGAGACUCGUUGACCAGCCGAUUACAACACCUUGGUGUCUUAAUUAAAGUAAAAAAAAAAGAAAAAAACAGUCGAAUCUCGCGCUGCCACCAUGGUAUGUUCUAUCGAUGAUAUUGCUGACGAAUUGCCGCCAGAACAAAUCGCCGUUCUGCGCAAAGCUUUCGAUAGUUUCGACAGGGAGAAGAGUGGCAGCAUUCCUACCGCUAUGGUAGCUGACAUCCUACGGCUAAUGGGGCAACCGUUCAACAAGAAAAUCUUGGAAGAGCUCAUCGACGAAGUCGACGCCGACAAAUCUGGGCGACUUGAAUUUGAGGAAUUCGUCACAUUGGCGGCGAAAUUCAUCGUUGAGGAGGACGUGGAGGCACUGGAAAAAGAGCUUCGAGAAGCCUUCAGACUCUAUGACAAGGAAGGUAACGGCUAUAUUCCAACGACAUGCUUACGUGAAAUCUUAAGAGAAUUGGAUGAUCAAUUGACGAACGAGGAACUAGACAUGAUGAUUGAAGAAAUCGACUCUGAUGGCUCCGGUACAGUCGAUUUUGACGAGUUCAUGGAGAUGAUGACCGGUGAAUAAUUAUCUUGAAUGAUCGAUAAACUAUUUUUGGAUCUAAAGGUACUUAUGUCCAUGCGAUCAUUACGUCUCACUUUUAAAAUCAAUUAUUCACGUAUUUAUGAUGAAUCAAAAUUCAUCGAAUUCAAUUGCACGGAGAUAUCUUCCAUUUCACGAUUAGUCUUGAAAGCAAAUUCCUAUCAUGCAACGUCGCAUUAUAAAUGAAUCGUCUCCUGCUUUUAUACAUACGUCAUAUUUAUUAUAAAACAACAAAUUUACUCCAUACACUUAUAUAAGAUCUGACUUUUCAUUGAAACUUUUUUUGAAAACUUUUUUUGAAAAAUCAUCGAAAAGUAUAUUUAUUGUUAAUAAAACCAGAUAAAAAUAAUUU